AUGGAUAUGACGAGGAUUAUUCGGACUGCUCUCAUGUCGGCGCCGUUUGCGAGGCGGAAGAGAACAAGCCCGACGCCGAGCUUCGAAAGGCCGGUCAAAGCCAGUCAUAUGAAGGAUGAUGAGGAAGGGACACCACCGCUGCCUUCCCCAAACGCCGUAUCGUAUCGCCUGAAGCUCCGCGACGCAAAUGAUAAUGAAUCCAACCUGGACCCUGCUAUCUCUGAUACCCAUGUCGAUAGAAAGUAA